CACGUUUCAAGUCGUCGUGCAACCGCUCUCACGGGCACAUCGCGCUGUAGUUUAAUUCGGUUCGCGACGUAUAAACAUUCGAAAAUUGUAUUAGCAUGUGGCUUGUACCAACGGUCGUGAAAACUGUGACGAAUUGUGCUGUUAGCACAAAUUGUACCCAUCAGUAUUCAUAAAAAAACUCGUGUAAUAUAACAAUAUUGUUUACGCUGAACGUUGCUGCACAAUAACAUCAAACGAGAUAGUAAUAACAAAAAUAUACAAUACACGUUAUAAGAAUAACAAUAAAACAAACCGAACGAUAAAUAUUUAAAUUUAUUUUUGGUCACCGGUAAAAUAUUUAAAAUUUAAUAUCAUUGUGAAAAUUGUGUGAUUUUUCAACGGAAAUUUUUGGCGAUCUUGAAAAUUCAAGAGCACGCGCUUUUAUUUGAUGUGUUUAUCUGACUGAAUAUUAGAAAAGCGUAAAUUUCCUCGUUUCAGGUGUGAGCACACGUAUAAAUUACUCGCGCGCGCGAUGACAUCAAAAGUUAACGUGCGGCAUUGAAAAGUUCGAGUCGAAAACGCGCGCUCGGUUUGCGCGCAACUUUUGGGCGGGCAGGCGCAGGAUACGUCGGGAUAAGGUGAAUCGCUAUAAAUUAUAAUAACAAUAUAAUGGAUGUCUCAUGAAGUGCGCGUUGCCGGCUGAUGAGAGACAGACGGCGGACGAGUUCUAAUCGAAUAAGUGGCCAAUUCGCCAUCACGUCGACGCCGGCCGUCUUCAUCAACGGACCAUUAGGCAUCUGCGGUUUCGUGUGCAUGGUGAUCGUGUGAUGUGCCAUCAUCCGUCCUCUUGUCUAAUAAUGUGUUGAAUCGGUGUGAAAGACGUACAAACAUUGGUUGCAAGGAAUAUUUAUCGUCGUCGCUUGCAGCGAAGUUGGAGCACAAUGACGUCACGCACUUCCGUUAAGAUUAAGGACGUACAGUUUACCGUGACACUAUUAAUAAUCGCAUGCGGCGCGAUCGAAGCGGCGAGCAAAAGCGGCGGCGGCGAGUCGAGCGAGGCGCAGCGAUGUCCCGGCCCGCCCGACAAGGGCCCAUGCAACCGCAACAUUUACAAAUGGGCCUACGUGCCGGAGAAGAAGCGUUGCGAGAUGUUCGUAUGGGGCGGGUGCGCCGGCAACGACAAGAACCGCUUCGACACCGAAAUGCAAUGCUACAAGCGCUGCAUCAGCCCGAACGGCAAACUUCUGAAAGGCAACCCGGUGCCUUGGAAGGACCGGGGACCACAACUGACGUUUCAAGAAACCGGACACCAGAACACAUUCAUGUUCGCACAGUCGAAUACUUUUAUUCAGAUUGACGGCGACAUCAUCCAGACCUUCCAACUGAGAUUGUGUCGACAGAUUUCAUUCCAGUUCAGAACUCGUCUUCCGCAUGGCCUGUUGGUGUAUCACAACGUGAAGGUUCCUUCUGGGGUUGCUCUUCAACCUUAUGCUUUAUACAUCAUUGUACAGCAGGGACAAUUGAAGGUCGUGCACGUUUACGGCAAGCAUUCCACUGCGUUGACAGUGGGAAGAGGGUUAAAUCGAGACGAAUGGCAUUCCGUCACUGUUCGUAUCGACGUGCAUUCUGCCCGCCUGACUGCUACUGUUGAUGACCUCAAGAGUGAGACAGAUCUGAAGGGCUUGGAUAAAGAACACAAUUAUGGAGUACCUGCAAAUGUUACCUCAGUUAUUUUGAUUGGAGGUUUAUCUUCUGAGGAGAGACUGCAUGGUGUGAAAUACAUUAUCGAAUCUUUUGUCGGAUGCAUCAAGGACGUGAUUCUUAGCACAGGAAAGUCAGCGUCUGAUCUUUUACCAAUCAGCCCGUUAAUAGCGACGAAACACGAAAACGUUCAAGAGGGUUGCACGAACAAGUGCAGCUCCUACGACAACCUGUGCUUCCUGGGCUCACGCUGCAUAAAUCACUACAACAGCCUCACGUGCGACUGCUUUGGCACGCAGUACGAGGGCGAGUACUGCGACAUUUACACUGCAACGGUGUUAACCCUCCGAGGCUCGUCCUACGUUUCGUAUCGAGUGUACGACUGGAAAGAUCGCGUCCACUCAGCGAUGAAUCGGUUUUCCAUGCUCUUCAAAACCCAGUUUGAUGAUUCGGCGUUGUUUUACGCCAGUGGAGGAGAUCGGGGUAUCGAUCACUACCUCGCCGCCUCCAUCUACAACAAUUCCGUGUACAUCGAAGUGGACUUUGGCGACGGACCGAUGAGCACUGUGCUUGGGGUAGCGGCUAACUUCAGCGAAUGGAAUAAUUUGACGAUUUUUCACGAGUACGAUCGAGUGCACUUGGUGCUCAAUGAGGAGAAGGUAACAUUGGAUCUAACUGGCAAUUCAUUGCUGUACAUCGAUCCUGAGAUUUACAUUGGGGGCGGACCGGAGUUGCAAAAAAAGAAGGGCCUGCUUUCCAAGAAUAACUUUGCCGGCUGCUUCAAGUACGUGUUCUACAACGACGUGUCCAUAAUUUACGAACUCAAGAAGGCCAAUCCCAAAGUGCAUUACAUCGGCAUCCUGCGGCCUGAAUACAUCGAAGACGACGUUGAAGUGAUGCCGAUUACGUAUCCAUUUACGUCGUCGCAUAUUUGGUGGCCGAAUGAAUUAACAGAUUCGUUAUCGCUCAUCUUCGAGUUUAAAAGUAGCAGUAAUUUAAGCGUUUUGGCAUCCAGUGAGGCCCAAACAGGUCUCUAUUGGGAAGUGCGGGUUGUCAAUGAUGAAGUACGCUUCGAAUUAACAGAUUCUACUAAAAAUACAACUCAUUUGAUCAGUGUGAAGAAAACACGCGGGAUUUGGCAUACGUUAACAUUAAAAUACGAAGAUGAAGAAAUUUAUUUAGCGGUUGAUAAUCGAUACAAGCAGCAGAGUAUUGGAGACCUUCAUUUUUCGAAAGGUGACAAAAUUAAAAUUGGCAGUGGGUCCCGAACAAAUGCGGGAGUUGUUGGUUGCAUGCGUGAUAUCGAAGUUAAUGGUCAGCGUGUAGAGCCACGCUCGGUGCUACAGACGGAACGUGUCGUUGGGGAAGUGACUUUGGACGAUUGCCGCUUCAUUGAUCCGUGCAAGCGGCCGAACACGUGCGAGCAUGGCGGAAAGUGCUCUGUGAAAGAGGACCGUUUGAUCUGUGACUGCACCAACACAGGCUACCGUGGCAAAAACUGUCAUUUUGCAAAAUAUCGUAAAACCUGCGAGGAGCUCGCCUUGCUCGGUUAUACCAAGCCUGAUGUCUAUCUGAUUGAUAUCGACGGUAACGGUCGGUUUCCACCCGCCCACGUGCGUUGCGAGUUCCAAAGCUUGGAGGAUUCCACCAAGACGAUCGUCGAGCACAAUCUGCCAAGUCAGAUCGACGUUCGCUCGCCGUCGGAGAAGGACUUUAGCUUUAGUAUCAAGUACAGGGAGUUUACAGCCGACAUGCUGCAGGAAUUAGUCUCGCAUUCGCUCAACUGCAGCCAAUACAUUAAGUACGAUUGUCUGAAAGCGCCGUUGGAACUGCACUCGGCCACGUGGUUCAUUAGUUCUGCCAAUCAAACGGUAGACUUCAUCGGUGAUGUCAAAAGAGGGACAUGUCCGUGUUCAGUGAGUCAAAGAUGUGAAAAUCCGUCACAAUGGUGCAAUUGUGAUGACGUCGAGGAUAACAAAUGGAACUCGGAUGAUGGGUAUUACACGCUAGGCAACAGUCUGGGCAUCACCGAGAUGGUCUUCCUACAGCAGUCGAAUCUACCUGAGGACGCGCUCGGUCGGAUUACGCUCGGACCAUUAGAGUGCGUCGAAACAAACACUCAAAGGUACGUCGUUACGUUCACGACCAGUCAAUCAUACAUCGAAGUGCCCGGCUGGCGCAAAGGCGAUUUGGCAUUUUCAUUCCGGACAACUGGAAAGAAGGCAAUUUUAUUGUACCAGCCACCUAUACGACCAAACUACCCGAGUUUUAUGGUUGCAUUGACAAGCGACUUCCAGUUAACUUUUAAUUUCACAUUAAACACCGGUGUUUCAAAGGAGAUUGUUAUUAUUUCCGGAAGGAAACUCAACGGUGGGGAAUGGCACAAACUUUGGAUCGAUUACAAUAAAUAUCAUGUGCGUGUAAUGAUAAACGAAGACUACCGCAUGGUUGAUUUAAAACCAGAAGAAGAGUUUGGUCCAUUUGAAGGGUCAAUGUUCAUUGGAGGAGCACCCGAUUUUCUUCAUCCAAAAUCAUCGAUUUCUCAAGGCUUAAUCGGUUGUUUCCGUGGGUUAGUGGUAAACGAAGAAAUCCUUGAUAUUUAUGCCUACAUGAGCGUGCAUCUUAGUGAAAUUAUCAAAGAUUGCAAGCCGUCAUGCGUGCCCAAUCCGUGCAAAAAUGGCGCCCAAUGCAAGGAACUUUGGAGCACGUUCGAGUGCAUCUGCCCGAAUCGUUGGGCGUACAAAGGAAUCUACUGCGAAACCAACAUUAACACGAACGCCAUCACAUUCACACAUCCCGAGUCAUAUUUGAAGCAGAGCUACUUGGGUGCUGAGGUACUCGACGAAAACUUUGUUCUGCGCGAAAUAUUCGAGGAUUUGGUGCUCAUUAAUUUGCGAACGUACGAUAAAACUUCGCUCAUUCUCUACGCCAAUGACCAUCUGAACAAUUUCGUCCAGCUGUAUUUAGAGAACGGAACCAAAGUCGUUUAUAUGUUCAACUAUGGCAAUGAAAUUAAGAAUUUAACGGUGGAAUAUGCCGAACUGAAUACGAGCACUUCAGUGCAGAUCGCAAUCGAGAGGAAUGAAUUUAAUGUCACGCUGCACGUGAAUGACAAAAACACUACCCUGAAUGUUGGCGUUCUAUUACAUGACGAAUAUUCGCACAAGCCGUGGAUAAAUCCGGAAAAAGAGGUUUUGGCUCCCCAACGACCACCAGCACCCCCAACCGAAUACUUUCAACUGAACCUCGGCGGUUACGAUCCGGGAACCCUUCUGCGCGUUUCGAAUACGUUGCCCAACCUGCCCGGCUAUGUGGGAUGCCUGCGCGGGUUGUUAAUAGGUCAAACUCUAAUAGAUCUGCCCACAAAAGUGAAAAAAUCCGAUAAAACUUUGGGCGUCAUUAAGCAUUGCGACAUGAAGUGCGAUGCGGUGCCGUGCAAAAACGAUGGCAUUUGCAUUGAGGAUUUUCGUAAUCAGGAACAUCGAUGCGACUGCGAGCACACGAGCUACUACGGCGACUUUUGUUCGGAUGAAAAAGGCGCUGAUUUCAGCGGAGAGUCGAAUUUGUGGCGGGAUUAUUACCUCAACGGGACCGUGGAGUCGGUCAAAGUACAGCUCGCUUUUUCCAGUAUGGAUAAUCGACAGAAAAAUACAGUAUUGUUACUGCUACAUACCGAAAACUAUCGUAGUUAUUACCUCUUGGUUGGUUUGACGCCAGAAGGACAUCUGAUUUUCCAAGAAGAUCGCGAGGGUGCCGUGUACGGUUCCAUCGUGAGCAAGAAAACUUUUAUCAACGGCGCCAGACAUUCGGUAUAUUACAAACGAGAAGCAAACGAGUCCGAACUGCUCGUCGAUAGAGAGGUCAUCCCGAUGGUGCAGAUCCCUGCGCAAACAUUCAUCCCCAUUCCCGAGAAGGGCGCCAAUGAAGUACAAAUCGGCGGGCACAACACACAGGAUCCGCGAUUUGCUAUUUACAAAGGAUAUGGGGGUUGUUUGUCGAACAUAUUUAUUGAAAUUAACAAGUAUGCAAUGAAGCCAUUAGAGGAGUACAUGUUGUUUACAAAGGCGGGGGCGGAGAAAGUGAAUGUGUCAAAUCCACAUGGUGUCAGGAGUGCCCAAUGCAGCGCACACUUUGAUGUAAUGCAUAAAAUUCCAGCUGGGCCUACAAAUUUAAACAUAAGUCAGGGAAAAGAUAAGACUUGGGUUGAAGAUGCACCACAACGUGUUCUUUAUAAAUCUCACUACCACGCCGCAGAAGUACAAGAACAAAACCAUACAGAAGUAGUUGUAAUAGUUCUGGCUACUUUAUUUGUUUUGGUUAUUAUUUGCUCGUAUUAUGAGGUGUGGCGCAACAACAAACAAUAUAAAAGACGGAAGGAACUAGAGACGGACGCCAGUAUUUUUUGGUCAAAGGAACAAGCACUUAAAAUGCAAGAACCAGCGCAACUUAAUAUUGAGUCGAAUGAUACAACAAUUAAACCAUUGCUCAAUGGUAAACUCUCGAUCAAACUAAAUAAUGGCAACAACAAUGGAAGCGUCCCAAGUUUGAAGGACAUGGUCCCCGGAACGCCAGAAAAAGAAAAACCCGAAACACCAACGACACCAAGCGGGAAGAAUGGCAAAGAUAAACGCAUUCGAUUUGGUGAAGGCAACGAACUCGAAAUGGAACCCAUAGAAAGCAAGGAACUCUUAGUAGCGGUUACUGAAGAAGAGGAAGAAGAGGUUCACACGUCAGAUGAUGACGAUACAGACAGCAAGGAGAGCAAGCCAGUACUAAAGAAACUCUUUCAAAGAAGGCCAACUACGAAUCCUGAAAAAGUGAUGGAUAAAUAUAAAGAGGAAAUCUACGCCCGCUCUUCUUAAAUCCGCAACAGCGACGCUUCGCUAACCCGAUCAGUUAUCUGGGCGGGCCAAUGCUGCCGGAUAAGCCACGCUCGAGUUUGGAAAGCAUUUUAUCGGUUGAUUGAAGCGUUCUUUUGGCGGCGUGCGUGGAUUGCAAGUUGCUCGCAUAGGACGCUGAUGGGAGAUGCGAGCAAGCAAACUAGGAAGCAAGGUGGAGUGGAUUUAUUUGUGAUUUAACUUUAGCAUUCGUUUUCGUUGGCGUAGAAGAAGAAGUUGCUCAAAAUUGAGUUUUAAGCUGAGUAAUUUUUCUAGCUAGAUUAUGCUUUAACUAAUUAAUAGAUCAAUCAAACAAUAUUGAAACAUCUGAACACUGUAAAUUCUUCAGUUUUCUUCUGUGAUAUAAGAGGUAAUAAGUUGAGCUGAAAUGGAUAUCUGUAUAUGUUAAUCCGGAUUGUUAAAUAGUGCAACUAUCGUAAAAUCUUAUUUAUGUAAUAGAUAUAUAAAAUUUGAAAUAGAAGGGGCUGGUGAAUGUCCCAAAAUGUGUUCCAAA